GUUGGGAGAUCCAAAACGAACACCGUGAGCAGUCACAAUGAGCCAGAAGGUGGUUCUCAUCACCGGCUGCUCCUCUGGCAUCGGCCUGGCUUUGGCUGCCCGCAUCGCGAAAGACGAAAAGAAGAGGUUCAUGGUCUAUGCUACCAUGAGGAACCUGAGUAAGGGCGAGGCGUUGGUGGAGGCAGCCGGCCGGACGCUGGGCAGGACUUUAGAGAUCAAGCAGCUGGACGUGUGUGAUGAGAACUCCAUUAAAAACUGUGUGGACAGCCUGCCUGAGCGCAGGGUGGAUAUCCUCAUCAGCAACGCCGGCAUGGGCCUGAUCGGCCCCAUCGAGUGUCAGUCCAUCGACGAGAUGAAGACGGUCAUGGACACCAACUUCUUUGGCCUUGUGCGGCUGCUGAAGGAGAUCCUGCCAGACAUGAAGCGGAGGAAACGGGGCCACAUCGUGGUCAUCAGCAGCGUGAUGGGCAUCCAGGGCAUCUUGUUCAACGACGUCUACGCGGCGUCCAAGUUCGCGGUGGAAGGCUUUUGUGAAAGCCUGGCAGUUCAAGCCUUGAGGUUCAAUCUCAACAUCAGCCUGAUCGAGCCAGGUCCGGUGAUCACGGAGUUCGAGAGGAAGGUGUUCGACGAGGGGAUGAAGACAGAUCUCAGCAAAGCCGACAAAGUGACUGCAGACAUGUUCUCCAAUAUCUACCUGAAGAACUACAAGCAAAUCUUUGAAACCCUUGGGCAGACCGCUGAGGAUGUGGCCGAGCACACGCUCAAGAUCAUCACCACGGAGAACCCCCCGUUCCGCCACCAGACCAACACCCUGUACACCCCCAUGACCACGCUGAAAUAUGCCGACCCCAACGGCGACCUUCCCAUCGAAACAUUCUACAAGAUGGUCUUUGAGCACGACAAGGUUUUCAACGCCAGCUUGAACUUCCUCAAGCUACUGCGCUGGAGAAGUCGAAAGAGUUUCACCCUGGAAAAGGAAAAGGGCAACUAAAUCCAC